AUGGUCACUGUUAGAGCUGUUCUAUCCAUGGCAGCUAUGUAUGGUUGGCGCUUGCACCAGAUGGAUGUGUUUAAUGCAUUUUUUCAAGGAGACUUGGUGGAAGAUGUCUAUAUGGUGCAACCUCCAGGUUUUGCUAGACAGGGGAGUUGUCUAAGAGUCACUAUGUAUGGUUGGCGCUUGCACCAGAUGGAUGUGUUUAAUGCAUUUUUUCAAGGAGACUUGGUGGAAGAUGUCUAUAUGGUGCAACCUCCAGGUUUUGCUAGACAAGGGAGUUGUCUAAGUCACUAUGAUUACUCUCUUUUCACCAAGAAACUUGAUGGUCAUAUUGUGAUCAUUCUUGUGUAUGUGGAUGAUCUUUUGAUCACUGGUUCUUCUUCUUCUCUUAUUCAUGCCACUAAGGCAUCACUUCAGCACCAUUUCAAGAUCAAGGACCUGGGGGAGAUGAAGUAUUUCCUUGGUCUUGAAAUAGCUAGAAGCAAAGAUGGGAUCUCUGUCUGUCAAAGAAAAUUUGCUUUGGACCUAAUUUUAGACUUAGGUUUGGCAGGCUCUAAGCCUGCAAACACACCCUUGGAAGUCAAUCAAAGACUUACUAGUGUGGAAUAUGACAAAGGCCUUGGAGCUGGUGAUACAGAGAUAGAUGAGGCAAUGGAAGAUGCUACAAGUUAUCAAAAACUGGUGGGCAAGCUACUAUAUCUUACUAUGGCUAGGCCUGACAUAGCCUACACAGUCCAGAACUUAAGCCAAUUCAUGCUCUCUCCCAAGAAGUCACACAUGGAAGCAGCAUUAAGAGUAGUCAAGUACCUCAAAAAUGCACCUGGUCUAGGAAUUCUACUGUCUUCUAAGAGAUCUAAUGAGCUGAUAGUUUUUUGUGAUGCUGAUUGGGCCACUUGUCCCAUGACAAGAAAAUCAAUCAGUGGCUUUGUUGUCAAGAUUGGAGACUCCUUACUCUCGUGGAAGUCAAAAAAUAGAGUACUAUAUCAAGAAUUUCAGUAG